CCCGCGCGGCGCGGCGCGGCCCGGCGGACUCCAUUUCCCAUGGUGCCGCGCGGCGGGCGGCGCUGGCGGGGGCGGGGGCAGUUGCUGGCUCGGAGUCAGGCUCAGGCCGAGGCGGCGGCGCGGAGCGAGCGGGCGGCCUGGCUCCGUCUUGCAGGCCCGGGCGGUGCUAGCCUGGCGGCGCCAUGUACAAUGGGAUAGGGCUCCCCACUCCCCGGGGCAGCGGCACCAACGGCUACGUCCAGCGCAACCUCUCGGCCGUGCGGCACAAGAAGGAGCGAACCGACUACAAGUCGGAGGAGGAGCUCAGGAAGCUGGAGUCGUCUCUAGUUAAGAAGCCCAACCAGGAGAUCCUGGACCAUGAGCGCAAGCGGAAGGUGGAGCUGAAAUGCCUGGAGCUGGCCGAACUCAUGGAGGAACAGGGCUAUGCCGAGGGCGAGAUUCAGGAGAAAGUGGCGACCUUCCGGCUCAUGCUCCUGGAGAAGGACGUGGCUUUGGGCAAGGAGGGGGAGCAGCAGCCCGAGCAGAAGCCAGCAGUCACAGAGACCCACCAGCUGGCUGAGGCCAACGAAAAGAAGAACGAGCGGCUAAGGGCAGCUUUUGGCAUCAGUGAGAAUUAUGUCGAUGGGAGCUCGUUCGACCCCAACCGCAGGGCAAAGGAGGCAGCUGCUGCCAAGCAGCAGCAGGAGCAGUACAGCCUGGUCCGUGAGUCCAGCAGCUCCCGCUCUCCAUCCCCCAAGCAGAAAAAAAAGAAAAAGAAGAAAGACAGAGGCAGGUCAGAGAGCAGAUCCCCUUCUCGAAGGGAGAGGAAAAAGAGCUCUAAGAAAAAGAAACACAGGUCUGAGUCAGACUCGAAGAAGAGAAAACACAGGUCUCCCAGUCCCAAGAGCAAACACAAAGCCAAGGAGAAGAAGAGGAAGAGAUCCACCAGCGAGUCGGCGUCCCAGAAGGGCCGAAGAGGUCGCUCGUCCUCUCCAGACUCUUCUUCCUCCUCGGACAGCUCGCGGAGCAGGUCCCGGAGCGUCACCACUCAGAAACGGGCGUCCCGGCCCAGCGUGAGCCCUCCAGCGCCGCUGCGGAGGAGAGCUGACCCCGAGGGCGCCCCGAAGGAUGCCCCCAAGAGAGAUCACUCAGCAUCCCCCGAGGUCAGCCGGCGUGCACAGAGCGGCAGCCCCCGGGAGGGUCGAGAUAAGCGAGAGAAGCCGUCUUCUCGGCGAUCCCCCCGCCAGCGUUCCUCCUCCCUGUCGCCCGUCUCCGAGGGGAAGCGGAAGGUCAAGGAUCACCCCCGGCAGCCAGAGCGCAAAUCCACCCCCACCCCGACCUCGGCGCGUGAGCCACGCCCGCAACGCCGCUCACCGUCCCCUGAGCCGGCCCGGGAGAGGGCCUCAUCCGGCCACAAACGCCCACCCUCCAAAGAGACCAAGUCCCCCCGUUCCUCCUCCCCGCCCCCCAAAAAGCCAGUGGCUGAUCGCCCCAAGAGCCCAUCGCUAGUGGCUGCUCCCUCGGCACCGGCCACGACCCGGAAGGCCCCUUCCCCCCGGCCAUCCCGCUCAGGCUCUGAGAGCGACGAAGUCUCCUCCUCCUCUUCUCCCGAGCGGGAUAAGCCAGCCCCAAGCAGGCAGGAGAAAUCAAGGGGCUCCCAGCGCCGAGACCGCUCCAGUUCUUCCCCGGAGCCCUCCCAGCCUGCUAAGGCUGCCCCCAAGCCGUCAUCCCGGCGUGAGCGAUCUGGCACCCCAGCGAAGAGUGCCAAAACCCGCUCCCUCUCAAAGAGAGACGCCAAGUCACGCUCGCGGACGCCCCCUUCCCGCAGGGAGCGUUCCCGCACCCCGCCUCGCCGGGGAGGGCGUUCCCGCACCCCACCCCGCCGGGGGGCCCGUUCCCGCACGCCACCGAGACGCGGCCGGUCCCGAUCCCGGAGCCCCCAGUGGAGAGGCAGGUCCCGGAGCCCCCAGAGAUGGGGCCGUUCCCGUUCCCGCACUCCACCCAGGUGGGGCAAAUCCCGUACGCCCCAGAGGAGGGGGAGAUCUCGCAGCCCUCAACGACGAGGAUGGUCCCGCUCCAGGACACCCCAGAGGCCUGGCUGGUCUAGGAGCAGGAACACGGCGAGGCGGGGUCGGUCUAGAACCCCGCCCCGGCGAGGCAGAUCCCGGUCUAGAACCCCGCCCCGGCGAGGCAGGUCCCGGUCUAGAACCCCGCCCCGGCGAGCCAGGUCCCGGUCUAGAACCCCGCCCCGGCGAGCCAGGUCCCGGUCUAGAACCCCGCCCCGGCGAGGCAGGUCCCGGUCUAGAACCCCGCCCCGGCGAGGCAGGUCCCGGUCUAGAACCCCGCCCCGGCGAGGCAGGUCAGGGUCCUCUUCCAGGCGGGAGAAAUCACUGAUUUCAGCCAGAAGGAGCCGCUCUGGGUCAUCAGCCGAGCGGAGGAAGAAAUCCAGGCUCCUCCUGCGGAGGAGCCGGUCAGACUCGUCGCCAGAAGUAAAGCAGAAAUCCAGGAAAAUGUCAAGACGCAGUCGCUCCACAUCGUCCCCUCGGCUACGGAAGAAAUCCAGAUCAUCACCCCGGAGAAGCCGUUCUGGCUCAUCACCUCGACCAAAAAAGAAAUCCAGAUCUUCCCCUCGGAGGAGCCGGUCAGGGUCGUCUCCAGCGCUGAAAAAGAAAUCCAGAACACCGUCCAGAAGGAGGAGGAGGAGGUCUGGAUUGUCUCCGGCACUCAAAAAGAAAUCCAGAUCACCGCCUAGAAGAAGCCGGUCCGGAUCGUCUCCAGAAGUGAAGAAGAAAUCCAGAUCAUCCCCCAGACGAAGGCGAUCUGGAUCUUCUCCAUUGGCGAGAAAAAAAUCCAGAUCACCACGGAGGCGAAGCAGGUCUAGGUCUUCGCCAGUGUUGAAGAAGAAAUCUAGAUCACCGCCGAGACGAAGCAGGUCUAGGUCCUCGCCGGUGUUGAAGAAGAAAUCUAGAUCACCUCCAAGACGAGGCAGGUCUGGGUCCUCUUCAGUGGUGAAGAAGAAAUCCAGAUCACCACCUGCGAGAGGCCGAUCUGGAUCUUCUCCAGCAUUGAGAGAAAAAUCUGGAUCGCUCCCGAGACGAAGCAGAUCUGGAUCAUCUCCAGCGGUGCGAGAGAAAUCUAGAUCGCCCCCGAGACGCAGCAGAUCUGGAUCAUCUCCAGCGAUGCGAGAGAAAUCUAGAUCGCCCCUGAGACGCAGCAGAUCUGGAUCAUCUCCAGCGGUGCGAGAGAAAUCUAGAUCGCCCCCGAGACGCAGCAGAUCUGGAUCAUCUCCAGCGGUGCGAGAGAAAUCUAAAUCACCCCCGAGACGCAGCAGAUCUGGAUCAUCUCCAGCUGUGCGAGAGAAAUCUAGAUCGCCCCCGAGACGCAGCAGAUCUGGAUCAUCUCCAGCCGUGCGAGAGAAAUCUAGAUCGCCCCCGAGACGCAGCAGAUCUGGAUCAUCUCCAGCCGUGCGAGAGAAAUCUAGAUCGCCCCCGAGACGCAGCAGAUCUGGAUCAUCUCCAGCCGUGCGAGAGAAAUCUAGAUCGCCCCCGAGACGCAGCAGAUCUGGAUCAUCUCCAGCCGUGCGAGAGAAAUCUAAAUCGCCCCCGAGACGCAGCAGAUCUGGAUCAUCUCCAGCGGUGCGAGAGAAAUCUAAAUCGCCCCCGAGACGCAGCAGAUCUGGAUCAUCUCCAGCGGUGCGAGAGAAAUCUAAAUCGCCCCCGAGACGCAGCAGAUCUGGAUCAUCUCCAGCGGUGCGAGAGAAAUCUAAAUCGCCCCCGAGACGCAGCAGAUCUGGAUCAUCUCCAGCGGUGCGAGAGAAAUCUAAAUCGCCCCCGAGACGCAGCAGAUCUGGAUCAUCUCCAGCGGUGCGAGAGAAAUCUAAAUCGCCCCCGAGACGCAGCAGAUCUGGAUCAUCUCCAGCGGUGCGAGAGAAAUCUAAAUCGCCCCCGAGACAAAGCAGAUCUGGAUCAUCUCCAGCUGUGCGAGAGAAACCAAGAUCACCCCUGAGACGAAGCAGAUCUAGAUCCUCACCAGAACAGAGAGAGAAAUCUAUAUCACCUUCUGUGAGAGGCAAAUCUGGCUCCUCUCCUGGGUUGAAGAAGAAAUCCAGUUCUCCUCCAAGGCAAAGUGGGCUUGGAUCUUCACCAGCAGUGGAAGGGAAAUCCAGAUCUUCUCCAGGGAGAAGCAGAUCUGGAUCCUCUCCAGAACUGAAGAAGCUGUCUAAGACCUCUCCAAGACACAGUGGUGCUGGGUCUUCUCCAGUGGUGGAAGAGAAAUCUAGCUUGCUUCCAAGAUGUAGCCAGUCUGGAUCCUCUCCAGAACUGAUGAAGAAAUCCAGAUCGCCGCCUGCGAGAGGCAGGUCUGGAUCCUCUCCAGAACUAAAUGAUAAAUCUAGCUCACCACUCCCAAGACACAGCCAAUUAGGAUCUUCUCCAGAACCAAAAAAGAAAUCCAGAUCACCUCCAAGAUGUAUUAAACUUGGUGCCUCUCCAGUGGUGAAGGAAAAAUCCAGAUCUCCCCAGCCAUGGCAAAGCCUAUCCGGAUCCUCUCCAGAAGUGAAAAAGAAAUCCCCAUCUCCACCCAUGAGAGGGGCCUCUGCAGAGCAAGCAAAAUCCAGAUCGCCUCCCUCACUGAGCGGAUCUGGAUCAUUGUUGACACUGAAAGGGAAAUCCAGUUCGCCCCCAAGACGCAGCCGAUCCGGAUCCUCUCCAGGGUCAGGAAGCAAACUUGGGGCAGUUUCAAAACACAGCAGGCCCGUGGUUUCUCCAGAAACUACAGAGUUAGUGAGGAUUUUAGCAGGUCAGGUCAAGCCGAUGUCUCCUGAGACAAAAGACAAAUAUGGAAUGUCCCCAAGAAGGAGCAGAUUGGGGUCGUCUCCUGGCAUCAGAGAGAAGUCCAGAACACCUCCAAGCAGCUCGGAGUCUUCUCCAGAACGGGCAGAAAUAUUCCCAUCACCUCUGAGACGCAGCAGGUCUGGCUCGCCCCCGAGGCCGCGCGAGAAGUCCCGAUCGCCCCCGAGGCCGCGCGAGAAGUCCCGAUCGCCCCCGAGGCCGCGCGAGAAGUCCCGAUCGCCCCCGAGGCCGCGCGAGAAGUCCCGAUCGCCCCCAAGACGCAGCAGAUCUGGCUCAUCUCCCAGGCCGCGAGAGAAAUCCCGAUCUCCUGCAAGGUACAGCAGUUCCGGUUCCUUUCUGAGAUCUAGGGAGAAAUCCCGAUCUCCUGCAAGGUACAGCAUAUCCGGCUCGUCCCUAAGGCUUCGAGAGAAAUCCAGAUCUCCUCCAAGGCGUGGCAGGUCCGGCUCAUCCCCGAGACCUCGAGAGAAGCUGGGGGCGUCUCCCAGAAGCAGCCGCUCUGGGUCUUCUCCAGAGAGACCCAAAGGCCCGACAAGGCGUGGCCGGUCCAGCUCCCCCUCCAGAAGGGGGAAGUGGAGAUCUUCCCUGCGGCGAGGAAGAUCCGGGUCGUCGCCCAGGAGAACCCGCUCCCGGUCCAUCUCCAGACGAGGCAAAUCCAGAAGCUCCCUGCGGAGGGACCGAUCCGUCUCAUCACCCGGCAGGAGUCGCUCGAGAUCCACCUCGCGAUUCUCCCGCCGCCGGGAGCGCUCACCAUCCUCGCCCUGCCGCGGCAGAUCCCGCACACCGCCCCGCCGAGCCCGAGCGGGGUCUUCUCCCCGGCGCCGCGGCUCCCGGCAGCCCCGCUCCCGCUCCCGCUCCCCGCCGAAACUGGACGUCUCCCGCACUCCUGCCUCUUCCUACCAUGGCCGCUCUAAGGCGUCGCCAGCCAGGACCCGCUCAGGCUCGGGCUCGCCGAAACGAGCCGGUCGGAGGUCCCGCUCACCACCGGUGCUGGAGAAAUACCCCAAAGUGGGAGCGGCUGACAAGACAGCACCAGGCAGAGCUGAGAAGACGUCGCCCGUGGUGGUGGCGCCCAUCCGGCGCAGCCCGUCCUGCUCCCCGCCAGCACCGGACGAGGCCUCCCCCAAAGCCAGGAAAGCCCAUUCCCCUGCCCCCAAGAUCCAUUCCCCACGGCCAGAGGGAUCUCUGGGGGCGGUGAGGAACGGGGGUCCAGCGCCCGCCUGGACCCUGAACUCCUGCCCUGUCGCCCCUGGGGGCUCCCCGCCUGCCGGCCGCCUCCCCACAGCCAAAGGGCCAGAGAAAGUCAGAUCUUCCUCCUCUUCCUCUUCCUCCUCCUCCUCUACCUCCCACAAGGUGCCCAGCCCUCUGCCCGCCCCACUCCUGGUGCUGCCCCCCAAGGAGGAAGACAGGGAAGGGCCCAAGGUCAAGUCGGAGCCACCAGCCCCGGAGGGGCCCGGGGAGCUGCCAGACAAAGCCCGGAGCGGAGUCCCCAAGCCGCUGGUGCCGCUGCCGGUGCCCCCCCGCACCCCGUCCAAAGAGAAGAGGAGCUCGUCCACCUCCUCGUCGUCGUCCUCGUCCUCCUCGUCCUCGUCCUCGUCCUCGUCCUCCUCUUCUGACUCCAGCUCCAGCUCCUCAGAGUCCAGCCACGACUCCCCGGCGAGCAAGGGGCCCGACCUGGAAACAGCGAAGAAAGAGCCCCUGAGUCCGGCGCAGAAGGAGCUGGCCCGCGAGGGGCGCCCCCUGGAGGUGGCCAAGCGGAAACGCCGUUCCCGAAGCUCCAGCAGCUCCAGCAGCAGUUCAACAUCCUCGUCCUCCUCGUCUUCGUCCUCGUCGUCCUCGUCGUCGUCGUCCUCCUCCUCCUCCUCCUCUUCUUCGUCCUCCUCCUCCUCCUCCUCCUCCCCCAAGCCGGGGCCCCAGCCACAGCCCAAGGCAGCCCCCAAGAAGCCCUCGCCCGAGCAGAGGCGCUCCCGGAGCCCCCGGAAGCCGAUCGACUCCCUGCGUGACUCGCGCUCUCUCAGCUACUCCCCGGCCGAGCGGCGCCGGCCCUCCCCCCCGGAGCCCCCCCCGGCCCAGCGGGAGCGGCACAGUGACAAACCCUCCCAGAGGAGCCGAGGAACCAACAGCCGCUCCCCGGGUCGCAAGCGCAGGCGGGAAACGCCCAGCCCCCCCCACGCCGCCCGUCGCCGAGCGUCCCGGUCUCCGUAGCCCGCGGGGCUCCGCCCAGCCUCCAGCAGCAGCGUCCUCUAGCAGGGGCACCGGCAGCAGCCUUCUCCGUUUCCAUUGGCUCCUUCCUUCACCUCCCCCUCCCUCAUUGGUCGGCGGCUACGUCCCGCCCCCUUGGCUGCCGGGGCCCCGCCCCGUUGUGACUCGAAUCUCGUUUUUUCCCAUGUGAGCGUUUCAGUUUUUUCUCUUCUGUGAGUUUUACCGAUAAAAAAAAACC